AGACAGCUGAGCCGCCACCUUCAUCGUACUUACGUUCAGCCUCUCUUCUGGCGGGAACAACAAAACACCGCAUUCUCUUCACGCUUCUCAUAGUUUAUGCUCCUAAAAACCAGCAACGCGAUGUCCUGGUUAACAGUAAAGAACGUCGUCAUAUCAGUCUCUGGCUGGCGGUAUUUGCUCCACUUUCUCCGGCCGCCUCUCCACCGAUACUGCUGCUCGGUUUCCUCCCCGCAUUUUCCUAUCACUUGGCGGUGUGACCAGAUUCAUUGCUUCAACCGGAAAAAGCUUUAUGCAACGUCUGCAAUUACAAACAGGCACUUAGAGAGUGUACCCGAAGAAAAGAACUAUGCUCACAUUAUGUGGUGGAAGGAGACAGUGGAGAGGUCGAGAAAGCCUUCUUCUAUUAAACUAGUUAAGAGGCUCACAUAUUCUAAUUUGUUGGGUGUAAAUUCAGACUUAAGGAACGGGAGUUUGAAAGAAGGAACACUUAAUUGGGAGAUGUUGCAGUUCAAGUCUAGAUUUCCUCGUGAGGUUUUGCUCUGCAGAGUAGGUGAGUUUUAUGAGGCUGUAGGUUUUGAUGCUUGCAUCCUUGUGGAAUAUGCUGGUUUAAAUCCAUGUGGUGGUCUUCGUUCAGACGGCAUACCGAAAGCUGGCUGUCCUGUUAUGAAUCUUAGACAGACUUUGGAUGACCUGACAAGUAAUGGAUUUUCAGUUUGCAUUAUUGAGGAAGUUCAAGGCCCAACUCAAGCUCGCUCUCGUAAAAGCCGCUUUAUAUCUGGGCAUGCACAUCCUGGCAAUCCUUACGUAUUUGGACUUGUUGGAGAUGAUCACGAUCUUGAUUUUCCAGAGCCAAUGCCAGUAGUUGUCCUAGGAAUAUCUCAUUCAGCUAAGGGGUAUUGCAUCACAUCUGUUUUAGAAACUACGAAGACUUACUCCACUGAGGAUGGGCUUACCGAGGAAGCCUUGGUUACUAAGCUUCGGACUACUUUGUGCCAUCAUUUAUUUUUGCAUACUUCAUUGAAAAACAAUUCAUCAGGGACUUCUCGCUGGGGGGAGUUUGGUAAUGGUGGUCUGUUGUGGGGAGAAUGUAAUGCAAGAAACUAUGAGUGGUUGGAUGGUGAUCUAACCAAUGAGCUCUUGUCUAAGGUGAAGGAAAUUUAUGGUCUUGAUCUUAACGCCACAUUUAGAAAUGCUACUGUUGUGUCAGAAAACAGACCCCGUCCGUUGCACCUAGGAACUGCUACCCAGAUAGGUGCUAUUCCGACUGAAGGAAUUCCUUCUUUGCUAAAGGUGUUGCUUCCUGCACAUUGCACAGGUCUACCUGUCCUGUAUAUAAGAAACCUGCUCUUGAAUCCACCUGCAUAUGAGAUUGCAUCCAAAAUACAACAAGCAUGCCGACUUAUGAUGAGCGUAACCUGUUCACUUCCUGAAUUUACUUGUGUGUCCUCCUCAAAGCUUGCCAAGUUGCUCGAGUUGAGGGAAGCAAAUCAUGUAGAGUUUUGCAGAAUAAAGACUAUGCUGGAUGAAAUACUGCAGAUGAAUAGACAUAAUGAACUUGCUCAAAUUCUACAUUUAUUGAUAGAUCCUACUUGGGAGGCUACUGGCUUAAAAGUUGACUUUGAUUUGCUGGUAAAUGAAUGUAAGAAUGUGUCUAGUACAAUUGGUGAACUUAUUUUUCUAGAUGGAGAAAGUGAUCAGAAAACAAGUUCCUCUUCUAUUAUUCCUAAAGAUUUUUUUGAAGACGUGGAGUCUUUAUGGAAAGGCCGUGUCAAAAGGGUUCAUUUGGAGGACGCUUACGCAGAAGUUGAGAGGGCAGCGAAUGCCCUAUCAUUAGUUGUUACAGAAGAUUUCCUGCCUAUUAUUUCGAGAGUAAAGGCCAUGAAUGCUCCACUUGGAGGGCCUAAGGGGGAGAUUUUGUAUGCUCGAGAUCAUCAGGCAGUAUGGUUCAAAGGGAAGCGUUUUAUUCCUUCUGUUUGGGCUGGGACCCCUGGAGAAGAUCAAAUUAAACGGCUGAAACCUGCUGUGGACUCAAAGGGAAAGAAGGUUGGGGAUGAAUGGUUUACCACAAUGAAUGUGGAAAAAGCAUUAGCAAGAUAUCAUGAGGCUAAUGCUAAGGCCAAGCUGGAGGUACUGGAAUUGCUUAGAGGGCUUUCUUCUGUGUUACAAACUAAGAUCAAUAUCAUUGUCUUUGCAUCCAUGCUUGUUAUAAUUGCGAAGGCCUUGUUUGCUCACGUGAGUGAAGGGAGGAGGAGGAAAUGGAUUUUCCCAAGCCUCAUGCAACUUCAUGGGUCCAAGGACUGCAAGCCACAUGGUGGGGUUAUUAUGAUGAGGAUAUCUGGUCUAUCACCUUAUUGGUUUGAUGUAGUGCGAGGUAGCGCUGUACAAAAUUCAGUUGAUAUGCAAUCACUUUUUCUGCUAACCGGGCCAAAUGGAGGUGGAAAAUCAAGCUUGCUACGAUCAAUUUGUGCUGCUGCAUUGCUUGGGAUAUGUGGAUUCAUGAUUCCGGCUGAAUCAGCUGUCAUUCCUCAUUUUGAUUCCAUUAUGUUACACAUGAAAUCUUAUGAUAGCCCUGCUGAUGGAAAAAGCUCAUUCCAGAUUGAAAUGUCUGAAAUACGUUCCCUAAUUAAUGGAUGCACUUCAAGAAGCCUAGUACUUAUUGAUGAAAUAUGCAGAGGAACAGAAACAGCAAAAGGAACAUGUAUUGCUGGCAGUAUUAUAGAAACUCUGGAUGAGAUAGGCUGUUUGGGGAUUGUAUCAACCCACCUGCACGGAAUCUUUGAUUUGCAUUUGAAUACCAAAAAGACAGUGUGCAAAGCAAUGGGGACAGAUUAUAUUGAUGGUCAACCUGUACCGAAUUGGAAACUUGUGGAUGGAAUCUGUAGAGAAAGCCUUGCAUUUGAAACCGCUCAGCGAGAAGGAAUCCCUGAAAAGAUAAUUCGUAGGGCUGAACAGCUCUACCAAUUAUAUUAUUUUAUGCAAAGUUCAUCCUUAAUGAAUAGAACCUCUGAACCAAAUCGUUUUACUGUUCAACCCAAUACAAGUAGCAGUGAUGAAGUGGCUGACAAAUUCAAUGGUUCAAAAGAAGAGUUCAUGUCUUCCACGAGAAAAUCAGCAAACAUAAAGAAAAUCAUUUGGAAGGAACUAGAAAAUACUAUUACCACGAUUUGUCAGGAGAAGUUAAUGGAACUCCAGAAGAUGAAACACCCGUCUGAACUUGCUGUUAAGUGUUUUAUGAUCUCUGUGAGAGAACAGCCCCCUCCAUCGACCAUUGGUACUUCAACUGUAUAUGUGAUGCUUAGACCAGAUAACAAACUUUAUGUUGGACAGAGUGACGAUCUUGGGGGCCGAAUCCGUGCUCAUCGCUCAAACGAGUUAAUGGAGAAGGCGAGUUUCCUCUAUUUUUGUGUCCCUGGAAAAAGUGCGGCUUGUGAACUGGAAACUCUUCUGAUAAACCAACUUCCCAAGCAUGGUUUUCAGCUAAUUAAUGUUGCUGAUGGUAGACACAGAAAUUUCGGAACGUCUCACCACUCCUUGGAAGCAGUGCCAAUAUAUAGAUUAACUAAUUCACCGCAUUGAUGUUAGGGUCUAGCUUUUGUAUAGUAGAAGUGUUUUUUUUUUCGCACAAUUUUUGCUCAUGAUUUUGGGGGGCUUUGUAGGUUUCAACAGGGCAGAGUGGCUGCAGCAGUUUUGUUCAAAUAUUAUUUGGUUGCUCCACUCAUUAUUCCAUCCUGUAUCUUUGUUGCCCAUUUAAUUGAGAAAGCGUUCUGCUGCUAUA